AUGACGCAAUAUACUACAUCACUGCCGAGUUGCGAUCUUUUUGUUCUGGUACUUCAAGACAACGCAUUUACAUGUAUCUUAGACAAAGAUGGACUCAACAUUAUUAUGGUUAAAGCGUUCAAAAAAUCUGAACUAGAAAGUAACAUCAACGACAGGCAUUUUGGUAAAAAACGUGAUGGACAGGAUCGGGAACAACUGGGGGGGGUAUUGAAAUCAUAG